AUGCAAGAUUCCAUUAGCACCAGUAGCUCUGGCAGUAGUAGUAGACAAUUCAUCAAUCCAAGCUUGUUUAAACCAUACUCCGCUACACCUUCUUCUGAGCAAGGUCAACAAGACGAAACAAUUUACAUUUCGGAUAAACCAUUUCCACUAUUCGAAUUCGAUGCUACCAAAGAGAAAUGGCAGAUGAAUCAAGAUGCCUUUGCUAAAUUAGAAACUGUGAGUGGUUCUGGCUUUGUGAAAGUAAUUUCUGUGGUUGGUGCCUAUCGUUUAGGUAAAAGUUAUUUGAUGAAUCAGAUAAUGAAUGGUAAGAAAGGAGGUUUCGAAUUGGGACACACCACAGAGAGUAUGACUAAAGGUGUAUGGGCCUGGGGUGAGGUUGUUCAUGAUCCACAAGUUGGCACUCAUAUUCUUCUCUGUUUGGAUUCUGAAGGUCUUUUAGAUGUCGAUAGAGAGGACGAAACUUUUGACAUGUCACUUUUCUGCAUAUUGACAAUGUUGUCAAGUUAUAUGAUUAUCAAUUUGGAAAAGAGAAUAAGUAGCGAUGAUCUUAACAAGUUGGCUUUUGCAUCUGAUUUUACAAAUAUGAUUGUCACUGAUCAACAAGAUGACAAGGAUUACAAUCAUGAAGAUAUUCAAUAUUAUACUCCACAAUUAUUAUGGCUAGUAAGAGAUUUUACAUUGAAAUUGAAAGGAACAGAGCAAGAAUACUUGAAUGAGAUAUUAAAUGAAGAGGAUAAAAAGAAAAAGUCAAAUGUCUCUCUAAUUAAGAAGAAUAUUAAGAAGUAUUUUGGUGACAAGAUGGAGCUCAAGACUUUACCAUGUCCAAGCAGUGAUGAAGAUGUAUUGACAACCAUUGAAGAGAGUGGUGAUCAAUUAUCUGAGAAAUUUGUUAAUGGAAUGAAAUCUUUGGUCAACCACAUUAGAACAACAGCUUCCCUUAAAAAGAUACUUUCUCCAAAGAGUAAUCGUGAAAUGUAUCUCGACACAAUGGGAUUUUACUAUUAUUGUAGAAAAUUAGUGGAACAAUUGAAUGAAAAUGCCAAACAAAUUCAAAUUCCAAACACAUUCGAAUCAGUCUUGACACAACAACUUGAAUCUAUUCUAAACGAAACGUUGGAGAAUUAUGAUAAGAAGAUUCAAAGCUUUAUUGCUAAAUUCCCAAUUGAGGAAGAUUCCCUCUUGGAUAUUCAUAGUGAAGUUUCCAAUUUUUAUAUGCAGAAAGCUCUCAAUAGAGUUCCACAUUUCAAGAGAGAAGAAUUCCAUGAAACUUUGUUGAUUUCCCUUGGAGAAGUUUCGUUUAAGGAUAAUCCAGAAGAAGUUCAAUUGAAUUCUAGUUCCAAACUAUACAAUCUUCUUGAGAGAAACAGGGACGAAUCUGAAAGAUAUUGUGAACAAAUCUAUAUUAAGGAAAUUAAUUCUGUCAAGUCAAAGAUGUACUCUGUUGUUGAACAAUGCAGAAGUGAUUUGGAAUUUGUUAGAGCUAAUCUUCUUCAACAAUUGAUGGGUCCAGCUGCCAACAAGUACAUGACUAAAUUCUUCAGUGAAUCCCAAGAAAUAAUGAAACAAACUAUUCUCUGUCAAAAGAUUGAUCAAGCAGAGAAGGAAAAGGAGGUUUUAAAGGAGGAGAUUUAUAAUAUGAAAGAACAAAGAAAGCAACUGGUUGAGCUCAUUCAAAAAGAACGAACACAAACAAACUCUGCCAUGCAACAAUUGCAGAGUCAACAACAAGCUCUCGAACAGCAAAUUCAAUUAGAAAAACAAUCAGCCUCAAGUCAGAUCAGUAACUUGAAAAAUCAAUUGGAAAAUAUACCAAAGGCCACACCAACAGUCAUUUACCAAACUGUUUCAGAGCCAAGCAAAAGUACUUGUAGUAGUAGUAGAAGUAGUAGAUAUUACUCUAGCUCAGAUGAUGAUGAUUAUUAUUCAAGAGGUAGUAGAAGAAGCAGUGGUGGUAGAAGUGGAAAAACAUUUUACAAAGGUGGCCAGUUUAUUCCAGGUGGUGGAAGAGCUCCAAAAGGAGGCGUUUGGAUGUAAAUAUUACUGUACAUAUAUUAAGGUGUAAAUAACAAUAAUUGAAUGAAAUACAAAGCAAUCGAAAUCGAAUAACAACUGUAAACUCCUCAUUGUCUAAAUAUUCAACUAUAAACAAUUCCAAAUUAUCAUAAUGUU